AUGUUAAUUGCGUUCGAUGGCGGUAUGGAAAACUUGAAGAAGCAAACUACCGGAAGCCAAGAGUUAUUCUGUGAAAUCCCCUCUGCACUCAGGAUGCCACCGCUAGGGUGGACGUGGCUCGUCGUCGGACCAUUGGUGCUUUUGGCACUGACCACAGAUGGAAAACCAGCUACUUGUGCUUUUUACUGCUUUGUUGCCCCAUCCAAGAAGGAAACGUUCGAUGUUACAUUCUACAAGAAUUUGUCUUGCACCCACUUCGUUUACGGUUUCGCCAGGAUACGAUCGGAUAUGUCUCUGAGAGCGGUCACUUCUCGUGAUAGUCUUGAACUCAUGAGUCCCGGAAAUAUGCGCAAAUUUUUAGGGCUUCGCAGCACACAUCCGCAUGCCACUCUACUUCUUGGAGUUCGCCUGACUUCCAGCGAUGUCUUCCAGGAUAUCCGUCAUGCUCGUCUGUUUGGUGGAAUCAUCGCCAGCGCUGCGAGAGAAAAACAUUUCGACGGUGUUUUCGUUCGAAUGGAAGGCCCCAUACUGGAGUCAGCAGUUUCACACUACUUCUUAUCGGCAAUUUCGCAAUCCACGACGUCUCUCUCCUCACUAACCACACUUGCCAUCACUCCGCGAUGGAUGUGGAGGGUUUCAAAUCGAAUUCACGAAUUAGCAGAUCAAGUCGAGCACAUUUAUCUUGACAUGGAAGAGCUUCCGACAUCCGAAGAUCCGUACGCUGUGACUCACAUUGACCCUCUUAUGCCAUCAGAGUCUGUACCUUUGGAGGAUACCAUCAGUGGAUGCACGGACAGAUUAAUCAACAGCGGUGUGCCACCGGAAAAGAUCGUCGUUGGUCUGAAUAGCGGGGGUCGAACGUUCAAGGUACGCAAUCCGAGCUCAACAAUCCAUGGUGACAUCGCAAUGCACCGCGGCUCCCGUCUGUCGCUUCAAGAUGUCUGUCAUUCCUCAUCUUUUGCACAGGAUACCCGAGCAGCUAGCACUCUAAUCAUAUCUCGAACAAACUGGACAUCAGUAAAUUUCCCGAAAGAACAAUCUCUCGGGAAGAAGAUCGAAUGGAUCACUCAAGAGGGAUUGGGUGGAAUUGGGCUCUCAUCUCUUCAAAUGGAUGAUCCAAAAGGCAAAUGUGGUGCAGAAGCAUAUCCUUCUCAUACAUUAAUUGCAAAGAUGCUCCGUUGUCGAGUCCGUGAAUACGUUCGCCAGCCUUCGGCUCAAUGCACGCGUCUCUGCUACCUCGAUGAAGGUGCAGAGGAGUUCGAUCCUCGAUUGCUUCAACCUUAUUGGUGCAGUCAUUUUGUAAUUGGACCAGCUGAUAUCCAGUUCACCGAUGCCGUUGAAGUGACACCAGCUGUGCAGAACCUCCUCGUACGCGUUAACAAAUGGGCCGAGGAAGUAGAUGGGAAGCGGCCGAAGACCAUCCUCUCCAUUGGUGCUCGACAAACGAGUGACGUAUGGCGAAUGGAAUUGGGCAACCCGAUAAAAAAGAAAAAUCUCAUCAGCAACAUUAAGACGAUGGCCCGCGCAAUGAACGUUUCCGGAGUAGAGAUCGCUUGGACGAACGGAGCUCUCGACAAACUUAUGGAUUCCCCACUUCUCUCGCAGUUUCUCAUCGAUUUAAGGACAGUACUACCGAGAAGCUUAACCAUAUUCCUCUCUGUGAAUCCUGCAAGCAGUUUUGACGAGCGUUAUGAUGUUACUGUUAUUAAGAAAACUGUUGAUCUAGUCGUGCUCCAAACUCAUCGUCUCCAUUCAUCUCGGCAGUCGAUGACGGGUCACCAUUCAUCAAUGUUUAUUGGGGAGCAGUUGCAGGACAGUCGAAUGACAGUCGAGUCUUUUGUUAAAGACUGGGUUUCGAGAGGUAUACCCAGGGCAAGAUUAAUAGUGUCUAUUACUGCGGUGCCUACCAGCGCUAAUCUCCUUACCGAAAGAAGCAAUUCUGCUGAAGUCUUUGGAUUGCAAACAACGACUAUAAUGGCUCAAUCAGACCGAAUAAUGUCGCAAACUGAAAUCUGCGUAGCCCUUGAAGACGACAAUACUGAGAUGCUAUGGAUUGACGAUCUAGGUGUUCCAGUCCUGUUUCGCGGAAAGGAAUUCGUGUCAUAUGAUAAUGAGAAGAGUGCGAAAAUCAAGGCUACAUGGACUUCGCUCAACAAUCUAGCUGGAAUUGCAAUCCAUGGACUACCAUACGACAAUCCUGAAGGUGAAUGCCCUGAUCGGCCGUUCCCAAUAUUGCAGAGCAUCGUCGACACGCAGGUAUGUUCGCUCUGCGCUGAGGAAAGUGAGUCGAAGUGCUCUCCGUCAUUCAACGUUGUAUGCAACUACCGAUUGCCAGAGUACGAAGAAGAGCAACGUCUUGAUCCAUCGAAUAUUCCUUUCGAACGUUGCACUGAAGUUGUUGUUGAACAUGCAAUUAUUGAUAAGAACGCCACGAUCCAGUUCCCGUCGGAAAGUCAGCAGGAAAUUGCACAACAACUGAAAACUCUUCGUCCUCGAACUAGAAGGAUGGUCCUUUCGAUGAGAUGUGAUAUGGAUCGGGAUGAAUUUGCUAAAAUCAUGCUCAGUGCAGCAAGACGCUUGAAAUUAGCCGGUUCCAUAAGGUCCUUCAUUGAUCCGCUGGCGUUCAAUGGAGUAGAACUACGAUGCGCACACCUCGUCUCGAAACCAACGAAAUUUCAAUUUGCGCACUUCUUACGUCUUCUCAACAAAGAGAUGAAAGCGAAUAGUACAGGAGAAUGUGGAAACACUGUUAGUCUUAGACUCUCUGCAUGGCAUCCAAAUCUUCGUUCUGCCUACGACAUUAUGGUAUUGAACACACUUCAUCACAUUGUGCUCGAGCCUUUCACAGUGCCUUUGCUUCCUGAAACUGCCUUUGCCCAUUCACCAUUGUUCAUGGUCGAAGUGGAUGACGAGAAAACUUCCUCCAUCGACUCAACCAUACGUAGCUGGGAGAAAGCCGGUCUUAUGCGAUCGAAAAUCUUGCUGCAAGUGCCCGCUUAUGGCAUGGAGCAAUUGUUGCUAAACGCCUCGGAUCACAGUGUUGGAAGCCCAACAGAAGAGGAAUACGCUAUCAUCGGGCAGGCAGAGCUCUGUCAACGACUGAAGUAUGCAGGCACAGUGCGCGAGAUUCACUGGGAUUCUAUGAGCGUAAAUGCAUACAGCACAGGUGGAAGAUGGAUCAGUAUCGACGACCAACAGACAGUAAAUUACAAGAUGCGAUAUGCCCUCCGUGAAGGAUUGGCUGGCGUCGGUUUGAUGUCACUGAAUGAGGAUGACCAUAUGGGCACGUGCGGAUCAGGAGCAUUCCCAAUUUUGCGCUCCAUUGCAGCCAAAUGUCAUUGA